AUGAACAACGGCACCCCACUCACAACAAGCAGUUAUCUAAGAAUCAUACAGAUCAACCUCAGAAAAUCCUUUGACGCCCACGACAAAUUCAUCAACACAGCCUCACCGGACGACUGGGACGUUAUUGCAAUCCAAGAACCAGCACUCAACUCCCUCGGCAACACUCGGGCUAACAGGAAAUGGCAGUCGUUUUACCCAUCCACCAAGGCUCACGAAGGCCACGGCAGAAUACGUGCUGUAAUGCUAGUCAGCACACGCGUCGGUGCGUGCAUGCAGAUAGAUGUUGAUUCAAGCGACAUUGUAGGAAUAAGAGUGGGUACUGCAUCGGGCCUCUGCACCAUCUACAACAUCUACAACGAAGGCACCAGCAACGAUACAUUGGACCAGCUCACCCAACACCUCGAAACGCGCAAUAUGUCAACAUGGGCCAACCAGCUCGAAGUAUGGCUUGGGGACUUCAACAGGCACCACCACACCUGGGAGGGGGACAACAACCGUCACCUACGCAGUUCGACCGAUGCCAUCACUCCGCUACUCAACCUGAUCAUUGAACACGGCAUGCAGCAACUCCUACCAGCCGGAAUACCCACACGAGAGGAGAACGGGAGUCAAACUAGGCCAGACAACGUGUGGGCAUCAGACGAUAUCAUCCACCGACUCGUAGAGUGCAAUACAUGGCCAGACCUUCGUCCAACAACAACGGACCACAUCCCAAUCGCCUCCAUCAUCAACCUCUCAGUUGCGAAAGUGGCCAUCACGCCAAGGCCAAACUACAGAAGGACAAACUGGGAGAAAUUCCGGGAAGGCAUGGAAGACGCAGUCAAGAACGACCCAAGACUGGCAAUCGAACCAACGCGCCCUGAGGAGCUGGAGCAGCUUGUCGAGCUACUCACAGGUUACAUGCAGACAAAGCUCAAGGACAUGACCCUGCUCAGCAAGGACCCAACAUUCCGCAAGCCGUGGUGGAACAAGCAAUGUCAGGAUCUUCACAAAUGCAAAUGCCAAGCAUACACAGAGUCGCGGUACUGGCAAGCAUCCCCAGCCCACCCAAGUCAUCAGCUUUACAAGGCACUGUGCCAAGAGAUGAAGGAGAUGGUACGAAAGAGCAAGGAGGCAUUCUGGUGGAAGUGGAUCGACAAGGCAUCCAACGCCGACCUAUGGAACAUUAACCGCUUCAUCAAGCGAGGCGCCAACGACGGAAGUAGCAAGAGAAUCCCCCCACUCAAAAAGCCGAACGGCACACUAACGCAAAGUAACGAGGAGAAAGCAGAGCUACUAUGCGACGCAUUCUUUCCACCUCCACCUGCACUCGCACUCCCCAGACCAAGGCCGGCACCUCAAACUGCACUUCCUCAGUGGACACCAUACUCGAUAAAGAGGGUGAGCAAGGCAGUUGGACGUCUCAAGCGCGACAAGGCACCAGGCCUGGAUGGUAUCCCAAAUGCAGCAAUUCAGGAAGCACUCCCAGCUAUCAGUCCCAUCCUCAAGAAUGUAUUCAAUGCGGCCAUUCGACUCCGGCACAUUCCAAAGCAGUGGAAGGAAUCAACUACAGUGGUCCUAUGA